CGCCAGUCGAAUCUUCUCGUCGUAAAAGCCCGACCUCUUUCCUUCGCAAACGCCAUAGAAAGAGUAGAAAAAAGCAAACUGUCCUCAGCUACGAAAAAACAUCUAGCUCGACACAGUUUCUAGCGGACGCCAAUCACAACUGCGCUUUCCGCACGUGGUAGUCGCGAGCACACUUGGCGCGUGGCGAGGUCGUGCCUCAAAACCAAGCUGUAUUCCUCGCGAACAGGAAUAGGAAACAGAACUUUCACUUUUCCCACGGAAUUAUUUUUUUGCACGCACGCACGCGCCGUACGUUACGGAAGAACCCCCCCUCCAAGGCCCCUCCACGAUGUCCGCCUACUCCCAGCAGCCCGCCCUGCUCGAUCCUCUGCCGCUGUCGCCCCCCAAAAAGGAAGACGAGCUCCCCGUCGCCCUGCAAGACAUCGUUACCGCGGCGAUCACCGAAGAGGUCCUCGGCACGGUUCUUGAGCGCCACGUGCAGGCGCACAAGCCUAAGGAGCCGCGCGUGGUCGCCCUCACCGCCGACAGCAUCAGCAUCUACUAUCUCCAGCCGGUGCGCGAGUACUGGUACCUGCCGCUGAAGCAGACGCACACGAUCCGGAUUGCGCCGCUGCUCCCUGUGCUGCCGGUCGAUGCUAGCGAGACCGAGACCGCGAAGUGGGUCGCGGAGAUCAAGGAUCGCAUCACGAGGUUCACCGAGACGAAGGACGCCCCCGUCGACAGGUUCAUCCCGCCGAAUCACUGGGGCGACUGGAGCGGCGUCGCGGUGUUUAUGGGCUUCACGCUACUCAUCGCCGCGUACCUGCUCGGCGUCGGAGUCGUCGAGCAGUUCGUGUUCACCACCGAAAGGAGGUUCAACAUCGCCGUGGCGGUGCAUUGUGGUGUCCUGAUCAAGAGGAGUAAGGAUGUGAAUGAAAUGAAGGAUCUGCUGGACAAGCACUGGAGCGGGGACAGCAAGGGGAGGUAUCUGUGGGUCAUCACCUCGUGGAUCGAGGGGUGGAGGGCGGUGUCAAGGCUCCGCAGGGAGAUCGCCAGGCUGAACCUGUUGAUUGCUGCGGCGGAGGAGGAGACGGCCAAGGGAACGAAGAAAGAGAGCAAGAAGAAGAGGUAGAUUCUCUCGGCAUAUGUACGAUAUAAAAGGGGAUACCGGCUCGAUGGCGUGCUUAUUCUUGUAUUUAAUUUCAUACCCGUCAAACACAAAGCGUUGCUUUUUGUGUUUCUUCAUUGA